GGAUUGUGCAACUGUCCCUCACAGGCUGCCGUAGAUGGUCUGCUUCUGUUUUUGUUGAUACUUUCCAUUAUCAGCUGACCGCUCGCUGAGACGAUGUUCUGCUGCGAACAAACCCAACCUGUCGGUCUUAAGGUGUCCGUCCAGCAGCACCUUUCAGGAAAUAAUCACAUUAAUUUUUAGAAGACCGCCGCUUGUAAACGACCGUUAGCCAGUUAGCAGCUUUAGCUGCUAGCUAACAGGCAGCUUCAUCAGCCGAUGUUUGGGGAAGUCAUGGAGGGGAUUUUAUACAAGUGGACUAAUUACAUGACGGGUAAGAGGCUGGCAGCCUCGCUGGUUUGUCCUGGAAGAUGGGGUCAUCUCGUACUACGACAGCGAGGAUGACGUUGGUAAAGGCAGCAAAGGAUCCAUCAAGAUGUCUGUCUGUGACAUUAAAGUUCAUCCCACUGACUCCACUCGCCUGGAACUGAUUAUUCCCGGCGAGCAGCAUUUCUACGUGCGAGCUGUCAAUGCAGCAGAGCGACAGAGGUGGCUGGUGGCUUUGGGUUCUUCAAAAGCUGGGACUCUGGAAAGCCACAAACACAGAGGCUCUGACUGCCUGAAAACCAAGAUGUCUGAACUUCGUUUGUACUGCGACCUCCUCGUCCAGCAGGUCCAGACGAUCCAGUCUCAACACACUGCAGAUAUAGAGACCCCGCCCACUUCAGAGGCCUCCCUGCUCAGUGCCACCUGUGAGACGUUCAUCAGGACUUUGGAGGAAUGCAUGAGCCUGGCCAACCAGAGUUUGACCCCUGACAUCCGACCCCCUGAAAGGAUGAAGCGGUCCAUCAGCCACCCUGGAACGUACAGCUUUGACAGGUCAGGUUUGCUAAAGGAGUACGUGAGUGGAGGUCAGAGGUCAGAUCAGCGCAGACAUCGGACAUCCUCAGACAGCUGUGUCUACGAGACCGAAUGUUUGCUUCCUGCUCUGAAUGGCGACUCGUCCUCCAUCCCUGAGGAGCGGGGAGGCAGCAGCGUGAGCCCAAAGACCACGCCGACAGACACAGACACCGAUCUGUCCAUCUGACCUCCUAACCUGGACUAAAGGUCCGACUGGCUGCCGUUCAACAGGAAGAGCUGAAAACUUUCUGCCAGGGCUUCCUUCACUCUCUCUUUCUGACUCUUAAAUCUCUGCAGCUGAGCUGUGGUGCUUUAAAACUCUCAGAUCAGCAGAGAGCCACACAGAGGAAAUGCUGUCCUGUUUCGGUAGAACACAGCUGAUGAAAUAAGGCAUCCUGAAGGCACAAUGUGAAGAUGAUUGAACAGCACCUGCUGCUUUCUGGACGGAAAAUAAUGCAGAUGUUUGUUGUGAGGUUUUAUUGGCUCUGAUUUGUGUUUUGGUGGCUUCCCGGGUCCUCCUGAAACCGGAACCACCAUCUUUCUUCUGUCUUAGAGAAGUUCCUCAUGUUGAGCCGAUUUGUGGAUCCAUUCCACCAGACGGACCUCCAUUUUCAGUAUUUCCUGUAUUUAUUUAGUGAAUUAUAAUUAAAAACAACUCGAAGGCCAUGAUGAAACUAGGCAGAGGGAAGUUUUGUCUUUAUAUUUUAUCUCCUAAUGAAGCAUGGCCGCCAGCAGAUGGCAGUAUAACAAAGCUGCAUAUCUCUCCUUCAGUCGGUCAUGAUGUUACUGGAUUAAGGCUCAAUUUCAAACAUAAACUAAAACGUUUUGUUACAGGAUGUGAGCCUUUAGCUUCUCUUCAUGACAGCAGUGGGAAUCUGUAACUGCAGUCAGAUGCAUUGGUUCAAGAUUAGUAGAUUUAUUUGAACAGGAUAAUUUGUACCUCUAUAGUUUGAUCCGUUUGCUCUGCAGCAGAUAUUACUCUGAAUCCAUGGUCUGCUUUGGGAAACAAAGCUGUGAUGGUGCAGCAUUGUUGAAACUGUUCAGCUUUUAAUAGUGUUCACAGGUUUUCAAACCUUCACACUCUGUUUACAUUAACACCCAAAGCUCUAUUCUGUACCAAACAGUGGAAAAGAACUUUUGCAUUUUCAACUAGAAAACAUCUAAACUUAGUUUCUGGCUCCUGCUGUAUGGAGGGAAUUUUGUUCCAGUAAUGUUGUAAACUAAGAACAAGUUUUGCAAAUUGGAAAAUUUGAAAAAAAAAAAAUCCAAUCCAGAAAUGAAACUGAAAUUUUGCCGUUAUAUAUAUAUAUAUUUUUACGUAUUUUUGUCAAAAUUUUGUUUUAAAAUACAUUUUUACAAAUCUUAUAUUUCAAAAAUAUUUUUUUUCAACUCUUCUUUUUCAGAUUGUUUUAAUGAAUUACAUUCUUUUUAGCCGCUUACAAACACACGCUCUUGACCAAUAAAAAUGUUGCUGAGGUCCAUGCAGACCAAUAGCGUCCUCGCUCCCACUGCAGAGGAAAGCCUGCCCCCAGAAGUAAAGAAAAUUUGAUUGGUAGAACGAGAUUUGAAAAUAUAGCUGUCUGUAAAAUAAUUCAACCAUAGAAAACUUUGAAAAACAAGUAAUUUUGAAUUAAAAAUCGGGAAAAAACAGCUUUUUUUGGGGGGGGGGUUUCAUUUUUUUUCUUUCAAACUUAACUUUACAAACUCUGCUCUUUGCCUGCAGCAAUAAUGGAACAAAUAUCACUCCAUAUCAGCCUAACUAAUAGCUUCACCAUUUUUAAAUAAGCCUCUCUUAGAUCUCCACUGUCUGGAUUUAGCCUGCUUUGGUCUAUAAGGAGCAGCUGCUCCUAAAAUGUCUCCAUGGAGCCUGAUGACUGAUUUCUAUACUGGCAGAAAGAGUCUUUCAUGCCAUUGUCCCCUGUUACUGCAUUGAUUGGGUGUGAAUUGCUUUAGAUGAUAUUUUAUCUUUUUAUUCUGUUAUGGCACUUAAAGCUGUUUGUUUUGUUUUUCUGUGACUUUCAUAUAUAUGGUUGGUUUGCUCACGCCCGACUGUGCCACCUGUACCCUUACUGCUUGUUACCAGUAGAUGCACCUUUAACUCCUGUAAGGAAAUCAUUCCUUAAUAAAUAAAUAAAAAA